GCGUGCCGCGUCGGAUGGGACUUGGCGGCGACUUCGAGACGCGGCCCAGCGGAUUGGAUAAUCUCACGGCGCCGCCGCUGUUCCGCCGCCGUGGUGAUGAAGAAGAGGAAGGCGUACUCGUCCAAAGCGGCGGCAGAGGCGAAGCGCAGCGACUCGGCGCAGCAGCAGAAGCAGGAGGAGGAGCAGAAGAAGAAGCCGACGAGCAAGCUCGGGCCCAAAGCACUUCCGGGUAGCGACAGGGGCUGCGACUCGGAGGACGAGAACGAGGGCUUCGGCAACUGGCUUCGCUCCACGGACGGCGUCGCCUACAUGCGCCUCUUCGUGGUGGCCAACUCGCUGCUCGUCUUCAUGACCAUGAGCUGGUCGCACGUGUGGCAGGUGGUGGACAUCCUCCGCGACGCCGUGGGCCUGUGACUGCUGCACUGCCCGG